GGACCCUUAGCAAAUUUCCUAAAAGAAAUUCGUCGCCUUCCAUUCCAUGGCUAGAAUUUCAGCCCUCCAUCUCCUUACCAUCUUCAUCUUCUUUUCCAUCAUCACCAUUCAGGUCACCUAUGGUGAUGAAGAAUUCCUGUUCGUCAAAGCAAUUAAUCCCACAGCACUGAAGAUGAAGCAAGAAAAGCUAAGCCAUUUCAGGUUCUACUGGCACGACAUCCUCAGUGGCACAACCCCUACAUCGGUCAGGGUGGUGGCACCACCAAAAACCGCUUCCUUCACUGGCUUUGGUGCGGUGAACAUGAUCGAUAAUCCGUUGACUCUCGGCCCGAAACUCAGCUCUAAAGUUGUCGGAAGAGCUCAGGGAUUUUAUGCAUCAGCUUCACAAGAAGAGGUUGGUCUAUUAAUGACCAUGAACUUUGCAUUUACCGAAGGUAAGUAUAAUGGAAGCACCAUCACCGUACUAGGGAGGAAUCCGGUGUUCAACAAGGUCAGGGAGAUGCCGGUGAUCGGCGGAAGUGGGGAUUUCCGAUUUGGUAGAGGUUAUGCUCAGGCAACAACUUACUUCUUCGAUCCCAAGUCCGGUGAUGCUGUCGUUGAGUACAACGUUUUUGUGAUGCACUAUUAAUUCCGGGAUCUUUCCUUUUUCUUUCUUUGAUUCUUUUCUUUUUUGCUUUUUUACCUUUUCUUUCUUUCUUUCUUUCUUUUUGUGGUUUCUUUUUACUUUUUUUUGUUCCUUUUUCUUUUCGUGGUACUUGUGUCGGAAUUUUGUGGGGCAAUGUUUCUAUCUCUAAUAACUAUUUUGCCCGUUUCAAAACUUGUAGUCCUUUUCAUGGAGAAUUAAUGCAUUUGUUGAAAAGUUUCCAGCUUGAGCAAA